AUGGGAAAGGAAAAGAUUCACGUUAACGUUGUCGUCAUCGGUCACGUCGAUUCCGGUAAAUCAACCACCACCGGUCACUUGAUCUACAAGUGCGGUGGUAUCGACAAGCGUACCAUCGAAAAGUUCGAAAAGGAAGCUGCUGAGCUCGGCAAGGGUUCCUUCAAAUAUGCAUGGGUGCUCGACAAGCUAAAGGCUGAGCGUGAGCGUGGUAUCACGAUCGAUAUCGCUCUCUGGAAAUUCGAGACCCCCAAAUACAUGGUUACCGUCAUUGACGCCCCAGGACACCGUGAUUUCAUCAAGAACAUGAUUACCGGUACCUCCCAGGCUGACUGCGCUGUCCUCAUCAUUGCCGGUGGUACUGGUGAGUUCGAGGCUGGUAUCUCCAAGGACGGUCAGACCCGUGAGCACGCCCUCUUGGCGUUCACUCUCGGUGUCCGUCAGCUCAUCGUUGCCGUCAACAAGAUGGACACCACUAAGUGGAGCGAGGACCGUUUCAACGAAAUUAUCAAGGAAACCUCUACCUUCAUUAAGAAGGUCGGCUACAACCCCAAGGCCGUUGCAUUCGUUCCCAUCUCUGGCUGGCACGGCGACAACAUGUUGGAGGAGUCCCCCAACAUGCCAUGGUUCAAGGGCUGGACCAAGGAGACCAAGGCUGGUGUUGUCAAGGGCAAGACCCUCCUCGAUGCCAUUGAUGCUAUCGAACCUCCUGUCCGUCCUUCCGACAAGCCUCUUCGUCUUCCCCUUCAGGAUGUCUACAAGAUCGGUGGUAUCGGUACUGUGCCCGUCGGUCGUGUCGAGACUGGUGUUAUCAAGGCCGGCAUGGUUGUUACCUUCGCUCCUUCGAACGUGACUACUGAAGUCAAGUCCGUUGAAAUGCACCACGAGCAACUUGUUGAGGGUCUUCCCGGAGACAACGUCGGUUUCAACGUCAAGAACGUUUCGGUCAAGGAUAUUCGUCGUGGCAACGUUGCUUCCGACUCUAAGAACGACCCCGCUAAGGAAGCUGCUUCCUUCAACGCUCAGGUCAUUGUCCUCAACCACCCCGGUCAGAUCGGUGCUGGUUACGCUCCAGUGCUUGACUGUCACACCGCCCACAUUGCUUGCAAGUUCGCUGAGUUGAUCGAGAAGAUCGACCGUCGGAGUGGAAAGUCCCUUGAGCAGGCGCCCAAGUUCGUCAAGUCUGGUGAUGCUUGCAUUGUCAAGCUUGUUCCCUCCAAGCCCAUGUGUGUCGAGUCCUAUAACGAAUACCCACCUCUUGGUCGUUUUGCCGUCCGUGACAUGAGGCAGACUGUUGCUGUCGGUGUCAUCAAGUCGGUCGACAAGACUGACAAGUCUGGCGGCAAGGUGACGAAGUCUGCGGAGAAGGCCACCAAGAAGAAGUAA